AUGGAAUGGGUGGGCAGGAGGCACGGGGGGCUCUCGUUCCCCACGACGCAGGUGCUCUCCGGGCAUGGUUGUUUCGGAGAGUACCUGCACGAAAAGGUUGGGCGGGAGGCCACCACCAAGUGCCAUCACUGCCCAGAGGCGAGGGACACGGCGCAACAUACUCUUGAGAUAUGCCCUGCUUGGGCCGCUGAGCGCCGUGCCCUCGCCAACAGAAUAGGGGUCGGCCUCGACCUCCCUACUAUGGUGGGACGGAUGCUCGCCAGUGCGGACGAUUGGGCGGCGGUAGCCUCCUUCUGCGACGCUGUCAUGUCGCAGAAGGAGGCGGCGGAGCGGGCACGGGAGGAGGAUCCCGACGCGCCGCCGGAGAGGAGGAGAAGAAGGGGGGGGAGGCGCAGAAGGUACCUGCAGCAACACCAGCAGCAGGGGCCUCCUCCUCCCCCUUAG